CAACCGUCCAACGGGCACCAGACGUUAGCAGUGUUAGCUCGUAGCUAGCGGGAGAGUAACACAGAGGCGCGCGGGGACUGUCGCAGUUAGCGUGGCUGUAACGCCAACGGUCAGAAACACGGACCGUUGGCACCGAUCGGACCCACGUUGUGAUUCUUAAGGUUACGGGUUUAGGUCUCCGGGUGUUUCUGUUUCUGUCGUCCAUCACAACCAGAUCUGAACAGUUCGCACCAAACGCAGAAAGCUUAGGAGGAUGGCGGUGAAUGUUUACUCCACCUCUAUGACUGUAGAGAAUCUCAGUCGCCAUGACAUGUUGGCAUGGGUCAACGACUCCCUGCAGCUCACACACACAAAGAUUGAGCAGCUCUGUUCAGGUUCUGCCUACUGUCAGCUCAUGGACAUGCUGUUUCCAGGGUGUAUAUUAAUGAAGAAGGUUAAGUUCAAUGCUAAACUGGAACAUGAAUACAUCAACAAUUUCAAGGUCUUGCAGGGUUCCUUCAAAAGAAUGAAGGUGGACAAGAUCAUCUCUGUGGAGAGGCUGGUAAAAGGGAAGUUUCAGGACAACUUUGAGUUCCUUCAGUGGUUUAAGAAGUUUUUUGAUGCCAACUAUGAUGGAAAAGAAUACGAUCCUUUAAGCUCAAGGCAGGGCAAUGAGGGAACGCCGCCUCCACCACACCCAGGCCCCAUGAGAACAUCUCCCACAGCACCAAAGAGUGUUUGCCCCCCCCCGAGGCAGAUAAACCUAGCACCGGUCCGCAAGACAUCUCACGUGACCCGUAACGGAGACGUUGAGCUUAUAGAGCUCAACCAGCAGUUGCUGGACCUUAAAUUGAAUCUAGAUGGACUGGAGAAGGAGAGGGACUUUUACUUUGGAAAGCUGAGGGACAUCGAGCUGCUCUGCCAGGACAAAGACAACCCGAUCCUCAAUAAAAUCCUGGAUGUACUUUAUGCUACAGAGGACGGAUUUGCACCACCUGACGAUGAAGAAAUAGAAGAAGUGGCACAGGGGGACCAGGAAGAGUUCUGAAUUGUCCUUCCCCCUUUCAUCAUCCUUGCCCCCACUCUCAUUUUUUUAAAAUCCACUUUUAGUUAUGUCUUUGUUCUAUUUUUAUUUUCUAUUUUUUUACAAUCUGCCCUUACUCCUCCCAUCUUGCUGUCCAUAUCCACGACGACUCUGUUGCACGACCAUGCUUCCCAAACUAUACCAAUCGAAGGACCCUUCACGCAGCCCUGUGUGGACGAGAGCCCGGCAGCAAGGCUUGGCUCACUCGACUUUAUUCUAAUCUGUUGCCAGAGGCGACAGCUGCGGUGGGUUGAGCCCGCUACAAUGGUCUUGGGUUAAAAGCAAUGAGAUUACAGGGAUCCAGCGCUGACAUCCUGGAGCCACCAGUGCUGUCCCAUCAAUCCGUCUGUCUUAAGAGGCAGGUCACUUUUUCUCACCUUGCACUUUAAUUGGUGAUCAUACACACACAUACAUGCAUCAUGGUGCUCUGCAGAGUUUAUAUACGAAACCACAACGUUGUCCACACAAUGUGAUCUGUUUAAGGAGGUUUUUAGAUGAGAAUUUCCCACGGCGAGAUUAGAAAUGGUGUUAAAUGCCCUAAAGAGGGAGGCUUGCACAUAUUGUUUGAACAUAUUGACUAUGGGGACACACACAAACGUAAAUUAAAUGCCACACAUAUCACAGACUUUGAACUGCUCACGUCCAUAGAGAAAUCAUCCUCAUCAAGAGUGUGUAUUUAUUAAUCACAGUGUGUCCCAUCUGAGUGGGUUAUGCUUAUGACCCUUUCCACAGCUUGUUAAUGAGACAGCCUGGUUUAUUUAUGUUUUUAUUUAUUCAUCGAUUUUGAAGGUGUUUCACUAAAUGUAGCAAAACAGACUGAAAUUACCCCAAAUGCCAACAUGGAGUAAAGAUACAGGAAGGUUUAAUCUUAUAUUUUUAGAUCUGUUUUAAAGAGGUUUGUUUUUUAUUGGCAUUGGCUGAGGUAGAGGCAUCAGUCUAAGAGUUGUUUCUCUGACAAAUGCCUUUAAACUCUAUGAUGGAACCAAUGCAACAUAAUAAAGUAAGACUAUGAACAGACACUACUAAAUACUAAUGUUUGACUAUGUUAAUUAUUCUUCUGAUUCCGUAUUUAAUUCAGCAUUUUUGCAAAGCGUUUGCUGUGCAGGAACACUUGGUGUGGGUUUUUGUGAGUGACAGCCAGUAGAUAAACCAGCUCUCUUGCCAUUUGUUGCUUUGGCAGACGUGAUAAACUUACAUCAAUUGCAGGUGCUGCUGGAAUGAAAUAAAGCUCUGAUGCUCUAGAAAACUAACAAAAGGUUA